AGCAUGAGGGUGACCAGCUCCUCCUCAAAGCCCCCUCCCUCCUUGAUCAUCGUGGGGGUUGUGUUCAGCUUGUAGGCCCACCAGGAUGGAGGGGAAUGCUGAAAUGGAGAUGCUGAGGACACUGAAGGGGCCCUCCACAGGAGAGGUCAACGUGCACCUGGUGGCCAGAGACAGCCCAGGUUCCGGCUCUCACCUGCCGGCUACCGCCUUCAUCAUCCCAGCCGGCUCAGCCACCCUUGGUCUGCCCAGCAGUGCCCUGGAUGUUUCCUGUUUUCCGCGGGAGCCGAUCCAUGUGGGCGCCCCGGAGCGCGUGGCCGGCAGCCUACCUGUCACGGCCACCGCUCUGCCGCAGUUGAGCGCGGAGCCUGCGGCCAGCGCCAGCGCCGCUACCGUGCGGCUCCUGGAGUGGACCGAGGCCACGGCCCCGCCUCCUGGGAGCGGCCUGCGGUUCCGGAUAAGCGAGUACGCGCCGCUGAACAUGGUGGGAGCGGAGCAGCCCCCGAGCCCCGAGCUGCGGCCGGAAGGUGUGGCCGAAUGUGAAGACCGCGAGGCCCCGGCGGGAGGUGGCGAUGCGGGCACCCAGCCGCCGGCGGACCUCCCCCAGGAUCCUCCUGAAGACCCUCCGCAGAACCCCCCAGAAGAGGAUGGCACCUGUCAGUGCCAGGAGUGUGGCCCUCAGCAAAGUGCAGGUCCAGAUCCUGCUUGCUCCAAAGAUGACUGCCCCCAGCUGUUCCAAGAGCGGUCAGUCAUAGUGGAGAACUCCUCAGGCCAGAACUCCUGCACCAGCACUUCUGAGCUUCUCAAACCCAUGAAGAAGAGGAAGCGCAGGGAAUACCACAGCCCAUCAGAGGAGGAGUCAGAGCCUGAGGCCCUGGAGAAGCAAGAAGAAGGGAAGGAUCCAGAGGGACAACCGACUGCUAGCACCCCAGAAAGUGAGGAGUGGAACAACAGCCAGUCUGCAUCAGGGGAGAAGAAGGAAGGCUGGUCAUGGGAGUCCUACCUCGAGGAGCAGAAGGCUGUCACUGCCCCUGUCAGCCUCUUCCAGGACUACCAGGCAGUCACUCAUAAUAAGAAUGGCUUCAGACCGGGCAUGAAGUUGGAAGGCAUCGACCCUCAACACCCGUCCAUGUACUUCAUCCUCACCGUGGCCGAGGUGUGUGGCUACCGCCUACGUCUGCACUUUGAUGGUUAUUCUGAGUGUCAUGACUUCUGGAUCAAUGCCAACUCCCCUGACAUUCACCCUGCUGGCUGGUUUGAGAAGACCGGGCACAAACUGCAGCCCCCCAAAGGUUACAAGGAGGAGGAGUUCAGCUGGAGCCAGUAUCUGCGCAGCACAAGAGCUCAGGCCGCCCCCAAGCACCUGUUUGUGAGCCAGAGCCAUAAUCCUCCACCCCUGGGUUUCCAGGUGGGCAUGAAACUGGAAGCUGUUGACCGCAUGAACCCAUCCCUCGUCUGUGUGGCCAGCGUGACAGACGUGGUGGACAGCCGCUUCCUGGUGCACUUUGACAACUGGGAUGAUACUUACGACUACUGGUGUGAUCCCAGCAGCCCUUACAUCCACCCGGUGGGCUGGUGCCAGAAGCAAGGAAAGCCCCUCACCCCUCCACAAGACUACCCGGACCCUGAUAGCUUCUGUUGGGAAAAAUACCUGGAGGAAACUGGGGCCUCUGCUGUGCCCACCUGGGCCUUCAAGGUGCGACCCCCACACAGCUUCCUGGUCAACAUGAAACUGGAGGCCGUGGACCGCAGGAACCCAGCCCUCAUUCGUGUGGCCAGCGUGGAGGAUGUGGAGGACCAUCGCAUAAAGCUCCACUUUGAUGGCUGGAGUCAUGCCUAUGACUUCUGGAUUGACGCCGACCACCCAGACAUCCACCCUGCAGGCUGGUGCUCUAAGACAGGGCAUCCCCUGCAGCCUCCUCUCCGACCCAGAGAGCCCAGCUCUGCCUCGCCCGGGGGCUGUCCCCCUCUCAGCUAUCGCAGCCUGCCACAGACGAGGACCUCCAAGUACAGCUUUCACCACCGGAAGUGCCCGACUCCUGGUUGUGAUGGCUCUGGCCAUGUCACAGGCAAGUUCACAGCUCACCAUUGCCUCUCGGGCUGCCCGCUGGCUGAGAGGAACCAGAGUCGGCUGAAGGCGGAGUUAUCGGACGCAGAGGCCUCGGCCCGUAAGAGGAACCUCUCGGGCUUCUCCCUAAGGAAGAAGCCUCGCCAUCAUGGCCGGUGCGGAGGGCAAGGGUGCAGGGCCUCGUGUCCUCUUGGGCCAGGCCAGGCACUGAUUCCCUGCCACGGACCCGGUCCCUCUCUCUCCAGGAUUGGACGCCCUCCAAAGUAUCGGAAGAUCCCACAAGAAGAUUUCCCCACACUGACUGCCGAUGCCAUGCACCAGUCCCUCUUCAUGUCAGCCCUGUCGGCUCACCCUGACCGCUCCCUCUCUGUGUGCUGGGAGCAGCACUGCAAGCUCCUGCCGGGAGUGGCGGGCAUCUCAGCCUCGACAGUUGCCAAGUGGACCAUUGAUGAGGUCUUCAGCUUCGUUCAGACCCUGACCGGCUGUGAGGACCAGGCACGACUCUUCAAAGAUGAGAUGAUUGACGGCGAGGCCUUCCUUUUGCUGACACAGGCGGACAUUGUGAAGAUCAUGAGCGUGAAGCUGGGGCCAGCCUUGAAGAUCUAUAACGCCAUUCUCAUGUUCAAAAACGCCGAUGACACCUUAAAGUGAGUGGCUCAGGGCUGGGCUCUCUGCCAUCCCGAGCUGGGCCUCCCUCCGCAGCUGAUGCUUCUUUCCUGACUUGAGUUCCUCAUAUCCCACCCAUACCCCCACCACCCUCUACAUCUUACCAGGGGGAGGUCCUCCUCCUCUUGGCUCCUUCCUGCGAGGUACGUGGGAGUCCUCGCCCCUCCUGAGUCCUGGGGCUCAUCUGCCACCAGGCACACCAGUGAGGGUGUGACUGGGCUGGGGGAACAUUACUGGUGGAGUGGAUUGGAGGGGCCCUGCCUCUGGCAGCCCCACAUCCCCAGCUGACCUGUUUGAUCACCAAAGGGUCUUUUUCUUAGUGGUUAAGGACAGUCUGGUAGAAUGGGAGUCCUCCAGUUGGAGGCUCAUUUCUCUUGGGCCUCUCUCCGUGCUUUUCUUUCCUUGGCUCCGACCCAGAAGUGACCCAGCCACAAACAUAUUUACUCAUUCUGAUGUCUGGUUUCCUGGGCAGGGCCCCCAGCCAUGGCCCACCCAGACCCCACUGGCUCCUCCCCGUUAGAUGGGUGAGCUUCAGAAACAGGUUGUCAUAGGAUCCGCUGGGAAUCUCUGGCUGCUUUUCUCCCUUUUGCCCAAAAAUGGGGGAUUCUGAGCCAAGAUGCCUUCCUAAGCAUGCCCUAUUCUGGAUCAGCUAGCAUUUUAGUGGCCCUUGCCAAGCCCUGUUUCCAGCAGAGUAGGUGGUAAGAGCCUGUUUUACCCAUGCAGAGAAGAUCCCCAUCCACCCUUCCUGUAUCAAGUGUGGGGAAAGGGUAUGUCAGACAAUCUCGGAUCUUUGGCCAGAGGGGCAGCUCCAGCAGGCAUGGUGGCCCUUAAAGCUGGGCUUAGCAUCCUUCCCUGCAGCCAUGGAUCUCAGCCAAGGUAGUGCCCAUGGGGUGGGGACCCCAUGCCUACCAGGCCUCUUGUCAUGGGAAUGUGCUACUCUGUCCAGCACACGUACCUCACAACAUCACAUUCGACUUGUCCCUUAAAUGUCUUGCUCUUGAGGAGUCUUACGAAGCUCACUUGAAAUUGGGAGUUGGGAAAGUGAAUUCUUCAAUCUUUGAGUUUGCUGUGUCCUGUAAGCCUUUCUUAACUACUGUCCAUCUGUCUUGCACUGCCAGCCAGGUGCCUGCUGGGGCUCUGGGACUUCAACCUUUUCUGUCCAAGUAGGGGCCUAGGCUUCACCGAGCCACUGCCUAACCAGCCAGGGUGGGGCUGAGGCAGAGGGCCCAGCAGCAGCUGGCUGCAUGUGGAGGUGAAGAGCAGCUGCCAAGGCCCUGUGGCCCCAGGUGCUGACACAGGCCCACAGGGUGCAGAGCCAGGCCCCUUCCCUCAGUCACGUGAUGUGUUUGUGCACACAGUGUCCUCAGAAGUGUUUGACAGGUGCAUCCAUGAGGCUCAGUGUUGGGAAAAUGUCAAGGGCUAUUGUUAAAAUACAAAGCUUUAUCUUUCCCAUAGAAGUGGGAUACCCAAAGCUCUAUUGAUUUCCUGCCACAGCCCAACAGGGGACCCUGUCUCACCUGGGCCCAAACAGCUUUGCUUUGUGCAGGGGCAGCCAUCUAGCCGCCCAGCUGAACUCCUGCAGGGCUUCAAAUGUUCCUUCCCUUUUGGCCCGAAGGGGCAGCUCUGAGCACACAACCUCCCUGGGCAGAAAGGCUCGGGUUUACGGAGAUUGCUUUGAUGCCUCCUUGGCCAAGAGUAAGGAGGAACAAGUAUGAGCCUCUCCAACUUGGUCACUGGGGUGAUGGCAAAACUCACCAGCUCCUUGGCCUUGUCUGUUCCUCUUGGAAACCGAGGAGAAACUGGCCUUGUGGAGUGAGGAGAAGGCAGCAAGCAUGUGCGGUUGUGCUGCAGGACCUCCCCAUGCCUAAGGAGCCAGGCAGGGACAGCUUUGUGGCGUGGCUCCGCCAGUCACACUUCUAAUGCUGGCCUGCUGGAAAGGCAGGAUGGACUAAGGGCCUGGAGAGAAGGGCACUCAGGCCUCCGAACUUGGACAUCUUAGCACUUUCUGCACCAAUGUCAAACUGUGGCAAGAAACCAUAAGAAAGAGGUCCAUCCUGUCCGCAGCUGAGAUCUCCACACCUGAACCUGGGGGCACAGUGGAGGGAGGGACUUGGCACCAAUGAUGCGCCAUGUGCCUCUACCCUGCCCUCAGCAGCAGACGCUGCUUACACUUUGGCCCUGGAGCUGUGCCCAGCCCUUGUCUGGCCAGAGCUUCGGUCUGUGAGGACCUUUCUAUUUAGUUUCUGAAGCAGAGAGAAUGAUCCCAGAGUUUGAAAAUGAAGCCUGUUUGCACUUUCAUUCACAUGGCACUUUGGUGGAAUUGUUUUUGUACUCUCCGUGUGGGGAUGCCUGUGUGUUCUUUCAGAGAAUCCUCUGGCUUAAGGUAAAGUGACUCUUGACUCUUGAGGGAGAAAAAUUUAUAAACUGUGGUGUUUUGUCAGUGUGUUGAAACAACAUAAAUAAACUUGGAACAUCUGGAUGAUA